GCCAGCCAAAAUUUUAAAUUCAGGAUUUUGGAAUUCCAAAAUCUUGAAUUCAGGAUUUUGGCUUACCAAAAUCUUGAAGUCAGCUAAAAUCUUGACAUUUAAAUUGCGCUCUCCAAAAAAUUAAAAUGAGCCAAAAUCUUGAAUUCAGAAUCUUGCAUUACCAAAAUCUCCCAAUCAGGAAAAAUCAUGAAUUCUGAAAUUUUGAAAUUCUCGAAAAUCAUGAAGUCAGCGAAAUUUUGAAUUCAGAGUUUUGGCUUACCAAAAUCUUAGAGUCAGCCAAAAUCUUGCAUUCAGGAUUUUCGCUCUUCAAAAUAUUAAAAGCAGCCAAAAUCUUGAAUUCAGGAUUUUUGCUUUCCAAACUCGUAAGUUUAGCCAAAAUCUCGUAUCUUGAUUUCUGGAUUUUGGCUGACUGUAAGAUUUUGGUAAGCCAAAAUCCUCAAUUCAAGAUUUUGGCUUUCCAAAAUCCAGAAGUCAAGAUUUUGGCUUUCCAAAAUCUUGAAUUCAGGAUUUUGGCUUUCCUAAAUCUAGAAUUCAUGAUUUUGGCUUACCAAAAU